GCGUUGGGAGCCUCGGAGUUGGGGACCGAAGCAGGGGUCAGCUCAAAGACAAAGAAAAAUGGCGAAGAGCCGGCGGGGAGGGCAGCCUCCAAGGCCGCCGACGGGAGAGGACAGGCCUCGGUCGUGUUUCCGCCUCCCCUGCUUGCCUUUUGUUCCCUCCGUCCUCUGGUCGGGGGGUGGGGGGGCUGAGAGUGACUUAAAUUCUCCCCGUCCGAGGAGGUGUAAAUAACUACAUGUAAAAUGAAUGCCGUUCCCGCUCUCAGAAUGUCCACAGACGGCGGGUUUGGCGGAGCCGGCAGCAGUGAUGCCCAGCAAAGCUUGCAGUCCUUCUGGCCCCGGGUCAUGGAAGAGAUUCGGAAUCUGACAGUGAAAGACUUCCGUGUGCAGGAGCUCCCACUGGCCCGUAUUAAGAAGAUCAUGAAACUGGAUGAAGAUGUGAAGAUGAUCAGUGCCGAAGCCCCCGUCCUGUUCGCCAAGGCUGCCCAGAUUUUCAUCACAGAGCUGACCUUGCGAGCGUGGAUACACACAGAAGACAACAAGCGCAGAACGCUCCAGCGGAACGACAUCGCCAUGGCAAUCACCAAAUUUGACCAGUUCGACUUCCUCAUCGACAUUGUUCCCCGGGACGAACUCAAACCCCCGAAGCGCCAGGAGGAAGUACGCCAGGCCGUGACUCCGGCCGAGCCCGUCCAAUACUACUUCACCCUGGCCCAACAGCCCACCGCGGUCCAGGUCCAGGGGCAGCAACCGGGGCAGCAGACCACGACUUCCACCACCACCAUCCAGCCCGGACAGAUCAUCAUCGCCCAGCCCCAGCAGGGACAGACCACCCCGGUGACCAUGCAAGUGGGCGAAGGGCAGCAGGUGCAGAUCGUCCAGGCGCAGCCGCAGGGCCAGACGCAGCAGGCACAGAGCGGGACUGGACAGACCAUGCAGGUCAUGCAGCAGAUCAUCACCAACACGGGGGAGAUCCAGCAGAUACCAGUCCAACUUAACGCCGGUCAGCUGCAGUACAUCCGACUGGCACAGCCCGUCUCGGGCACCCAGGUCGUCCAGGGGCAGAUCCAGACACUCGCCACCAACGCACAACAGAUCACACAGACGGAAGUACAGCAGGGGCAGCAGCAGUUCAGCCAGUUCACGGAUGGUCAGCAGCUCUACCAGAUCCAGCAAGUGACCAUGCCCGCCGGCCAGGAUAUCGCCCAGCCUAUGUUCAUCCAAUCCGCCAGCCAGCCCGCCGACGGACAGGCCCCCCAGGUCACGGGGGACUGAGCGGGGCGGGGACCCGUGCUGCGGCAGCGUGAAGAGUCGAGCCAGCCCAGCUGGCCUUGGCCACAGCAGCCCGGCGACAAGCACUCACCCUCUCCAGCCGCGGCGCCUGGCCUUACCCAGGGCCUCCGCGGGCCGGUCGGAACCCGGGGGCGGUGCCCAGCCCAGCAGGGGAGAGAGUAUCUCUCCAACCGAAAGAUGCCAUAUUUUUGAUUUCCGAUUCCAAGAAUUCCAACUCAUCGAGCGGUUUGUCCAGUGCGGUAAAAUGGGAAACGUUAAUAAUAAUGAUAACUGCUCUGGAAUUUUAUUGAACACGCCGGCCGGAGAGACGUCUUUCCACCAUCCUCCCCAGGUCCCUCUGAAUGAACGUCAUCCACCUUCCUCCCCAUCGUCCCAGCUGGAAUUAGAUAAACACGUCCCAUCCUGAGAGUCUGAUGUUCCCGGCCCUUCUCCCCUUCUGUUCACUGACUCUCCCCUUGUUUAAUGCUGGGUCUUUUCAUCCUCCGCAAAAAACAUUCCUUACGUUAUAUGAGUGAAUUUCCCCUGGUCGGGCCCAGCCAUGUCCUAGCCCAUGCCGGACUCCCAAGACCCCCACCCCCGACCCACAGGGGGCCCGGAACUCUCUGCGCCAUGUUUGACCUUUUUUUUUUUCCUUUUAGGAUUUGUUUUAUAAAUGACCUUAUAUGCUAGUCCCCAUCGCUGCAUGUACUUCAAACUGCAUGAAAUGCAAUAAAUCUCAUUUUUAGAUA